CCUGCGCCGUAUCACUAUCUCCGUAGGAUAAGAGAGAUACCCAUCCCCUAGUUGAAUAUGGGCAUGACAGGGACAUUCCAAGGAAUCCAGUCGCUUGACAUGAGCCAGGGGGGUCUCAGAUUUUUAAAGCUCUGUGCUGCCUCUCACUUCAUUUAACCGUGCAGGAGUGUCAGCCACUCUUAACUGCGCUCCGCCACCUCCUCUGUCCUCCUCACUGCCACUUCUUUUCUGUACUCGCUUCCUAUGAGCCAAAAGCAGUUAGGAGACAGUUACUAAAAUUCUCAAGGUGUUGCCAAUUGAAAAAAGAAUACUUGAGACUGUCAACGCUGGACACGCUAAACGGAUUCCUACAUUCGUCACAGCAGUGACAGAAGUGCUUGAUUUAUCAACUACGGACUUGGUCGCGAGUACAAACGCAAUUUUCCGCUCUCUCUUUUACCCCUCCUCGGGUCUCUUUGCAACUUUUUAACUUUUUUUCUUGUCCGCGAGUGCGCGCGCCUGGCACUGCCCCACUCCCCCGCGUGCAGUAAAAUUUCACACACCGGCCUCACUGAUUGUGGUAUAAAAAGGAGGCACGGAAACCCGAAAACAUGAUGAGCAAUAAUACGUACUACGACCAGCAGCAGCCGCCGCAGUACUACUACGGCACGGACAACGGAGAGGACGGCGAAGAGGAGAUGCCGGCCACGGAGAAGGACCUUGCGGAAGAUGCGCCCUGGAAGAAGAUCCAACAGAACACCUUCACUAGGUGGUGCAACGAACACCUGAAAUGCAUCAACAAGCGGAUCAACGACCUGCAGAAGGAUCUGAGCGAUGGGCUGAAACUCAUCGGGCUUCUCGAAGUUUUAAGUCAAAAGCAUAUGUACAGAAAAUACCACGCAAGACCCAACUUCAGGCAGAUGAAACUAGAAAAUGUCUCGGUAGCGCUGGAAUUUCUUGAAAGAGAACACAUCAAGCUGGUUUCUAUAGACAGUAAGGCGAUCGUGGACGGGAACCUGAAGCUGAUCCUGGGGCUGAUAUGGACGCUGAUCCUGCACUACUCCAUCUCCAUGCCCAUGUGGGAGGACGAGGACGAGGAGGACUUCCGCAAGCUCACGCCCAAGCAGAGGCUGCUGGGAUGGAUCCAGAACAAGGUGCCCCAGCUGCCCAUCACCAACUUCCACCGCGACUGGAGGGACGGCAAGGCACUGGGCGCGCUGGUGGACAACUGUGCUCCAGGUCUGUGUCCUGACUGGGAGCUGUGGGAUCCCAACCAACCGGUGGAAAAUGCCAGAGAGGCCAUGCAGCAGGCCGAUGACUGGCUGGGAGUGCCACAGGUGAUUGCUCCUGAGGAGAUUGUGGACCCGAAUGUGGAUGAGCACUCUGUGAUGACCUACCUGUCCCAGUUCCCUAAAGCCAAGCUCAAGCCUGGAGCUCCUGUCCGGCCUAAGACACUCCAUCCCAACAGAGCCAGGGCCUACGGACCAGGUAUUGAGCAGCGGGGCAACAUGGUCCUAAAGCCGGCUGAGUUCAUGGUGGAGACGGUGGAGGCCGGGCUGGGGGAGGUGCUGGUGUAUGUGGAGGAUCCAGAGAGACACACAGAGGAGGCCAGAGUGAUCCCCAACAAUGACAAGAACAGGACAUACUCAGUGGUUUAUGUGCCAAAGGUCGAAGGUCUUCACAAGGUGAAGGUGCUCUUCGCUGGGCAGGACAUCGACCGCAGCCCCUUCAUGGUGCACGUGUCGAAAGCUCUUGGCGACCCAAACAAGGUUCAGGCCCGUGGGCCGGGUCUAGAGGCUACUGGCAACAUGGCCAACAAACCCACCUACUUCGACAUCUACACCGCAGGUGCUGGCGCUGGUGAUGUGGGGGUGAUCAUUGUGGACUCUCAGGGCCGGCGGGACACCGUGGAGAUCAUCCUGGAGAACAAAGGGGACAGUGUUUUCCGAUGCACCUAUGUGCCCGUGCUGGAGGGUCCGCACACCAUUUACGUGACGUUUGCCGGGCAACAGAUACCCAGAAGCCCCUUCUCUGUGCGCAUCUCUGAGGCUCCAGCGAGCGUGCGGUCUCCUGGCUCACCGGUUCAGAUUAUUCCCCAGUCUAUACGCACUCCGCCCUCAGACAAGGCCAGGAAGGUGCCCCCCCCAACUCCGCCCAAACCCAGGCGACCAACCAGUAACCCUAAUGCGUGUAGAGCCUCGGGCCGUGGGCUGCAGCCGAAGGGCAUGCGUGUGAAGGAGGUGGCCGACUUCAAGGUCUACACCAAAGGAGCAGGAAGUGGAGAGCUACGCGUCGGUGUGAAGGGCCCGAAGGACAACGAUGAGCCGGUGAAGGGGGAGGAGGUUGAAGGUGGAGUGUAUGAGUACGACUACUACCCCAUCUUCCCCGGGAAAUACAUCAUCAGCAUCACCUGGGGUGGACAACCAAUUCCCCGCAGUGCCUUUGAGGUGUGGGUGAGUGAGGACGCGGGGCCCCAGAAGGUGAGGGCGUGGGGUCCUGGCCUGGAGACGGGAAUGGUGGGAAAGUCGGCCGACUUCGUGGUGGAGGCCAUCGGCACUGAGGUCGGAACACUGGGCUUCUCUAUCGAGGGCCCGUCCCAGGCUAAGAUCGAGUGUGAUGACAAGGGCGAUGGCUCGUGUGACAUGCGCUACUGGCCUACGGAGCCUGGCGACUACGCCGUUCACGUCAUCUGUGACGACGAGGACAUUAAGGACAGCCCCUUCAUAGCUCACAUCCUCCCCGCAGCCAAUGACGUCUUCCCUGAGAAGGUGCAGUGUUCUGGACCAGGCCUGGAGCCGACAGGCUGCAUUGUCAACAAACCUGCGGAGUUCACCAUAGACGCUCAGGCGGCUGGCAGCGGCCAACUCAGGAUCUACGCUCAGGAUGCAGAGGGCUUCCCCAUUGACAUUCAGAUCACUGAUAAUGGCGACAGCACCUACCUCUGUGUGUAUGUUCCCACCAAAGCCAUCAAACACACCAUCAUCAUUACCUGGGGAGAGGUCAACGUUCCCAACAGCCCCUUCAGGGUGACCAUCGGAGAGGGCAGUCACCCAGAGAAUGUGAAGGUGUAUGGUCCCGGAGUGGACAAGACUGGACUGAAGGCCAACGAGCCCACCUACUUCACCGUAGACUGCAGCGAUGCAGGGCAAGGGGACGUGAGCAUCGGGAUCAAAUGCGCUCCAGGUGUGGUGGGACCCGCAGAGGCGGACAUCGACUUUGACAUCAUCAAGAACGACAAUGACACGUUCACUGUGAAGUACACCCCCCCUGGUUCCGGACGCUACACCAUCAUGGUGCUGUUUGCAGACCAGGAGAUACCCAUCAGCCCCUUCCGCAUCAAGGUCGACCCGUCGCACGACGCCGCCAAAGUCAAGGCAGAGGGCCCGGGACUCAGCAAGACAGACGUGGAGGUUGGCAAGCCCACCCACUUCACCAUCUACACCAAAGGAGCAGGCAAGGCCACACCGGAGGUCGUCUUCACCGCGGCCUCCAAGGCUGAGGCCGUCAGCGACUUCGAGAUUAUCGACAACCAUGACUACUCCUACACCGUGCGCUAUACCGCUAUACAGCAGGGCGAAGUGAUCGUCUCUGUGUUCCAUGGUGGCGACCCAAUCCCCAAAAGCCCCUUCAACAUCUCUGUGGCACCUCUGGAUCUCAACAGGGUCAAAGUUCAAGGACUCAACAACAAGGUGGAUGUGGGGAAGGAUCAGGAGUUCAUCGUUAACACCCGUGGUGCUGGUGGUCAGGGCAACCUGGACGUGAAGAUCACCUCGCCCUCUCGCCGGCCAAUCCCGUGUAAGGUGGAGUCCAGCGCGUCCAAUGAGGUGCACACAGUGAAGUACAUCCCGCCCGAGGAGGGGGCCUACAAAGUGGACAUCACCUAUGAUGGGAACCCCGUGCCUGGGAGCCCCUUCGCAGUGGAGGGGGUCAUGCCACCAGAUCCCUCAAAGGUGCGUGCCUACGGUCCAGGCCUGAAGGGAGGCAUUGUGGGUAAACCGGCGCCCUUCGCCAUCGACACGAAGGGCGCGGGCACGGGUGGUCUGGGCCUCACGGUGGAGGGUCCGUGCGAGGCCAAGAUCGAGUGCCAGGACAACGGCGACGGCUCGUGCUCCGUGUCCUACCUGCCCACGGAACCCGGCGAGUACUCCAUCAACAUCCUGUUCGCGGAGCAGCACAUCCCCGGGUCGCCCUUCAAGGCUGUGGUCCAGUCCGUGUUCGACCCGAGCAAGGUGACGGCCAGCGGCCCGGGCCUGGAGAGGGGGAAGGUGAACGAGGCGGCGUCCUUCACGGUGGACUGCUCCAAGGCGGGCGAGGCUGAGCUGACCAUCGAGAUCAUCUCGGACGCGGGCUCGCCGGCAGAGGUGCGGGUGCAGAACAACAGCGACGGAACCUACUCCAUCACGUACAUUCCGCCUUCACACGGCAUGUACACCAUCACCAUCAACUACGGGGGACACGCGGCGCCUAAGUUCCCCGCCAGGGUGCAGGUGGACCCCAACAUCGACACCAGCGCCAUCAAGGUCUAUGGGCCAGGAGUGGAGUCCAGAGGAGUCCUUCGAGAGGUCACAACUCAUUUCAUGGUUGAUGCCCGUGCUGUUGGCAAGGCCGGGGGGGACAACCACAUCAAAGCCCGUAUUGUGAACCCCUCAGGAGCCAGUACAGACGCCUUCAUCACCGAGAAGGCAGACGGCACCUACAGAGUAGAGUACACCGCCUACGAGGAUGGUAUGCACCUGAUUGAGGUUCUGUACGAAGACGUUGCCGUACCCAAAAGUCCGUUCAGGGUAUCGGUAACGGAGGGGUGUGACCCCAGCCGUGUGCGGGCGUACGGUCACGGACUGGAGGAGGGCCUAGUGAACAAACCCAACCUCUUCACCGUGGAAACCAGGGGUGCAGGCACAGGUGGGUUGGGUCUGGCCAUAGAGGGUCCGUCCGAGGCCAAGAUGUCCUGCAAGGACAACAAAGAUGGCAGCUGCAGUGUGGAGUACAUCCCCUUUACCCCCGGGGACUACGACGUCAACAUCACCUUCGGGGGGCUGCCCAUUCCAGGAAGUCCGUUCCGUGUGCCGGUGCGAGAGCUGGUUGACCCCAGUAAGGUGAAGUGCUCUGGCCCAGGGCUGGGCAGCGGAGUCAGGGCUCACGUCCCCCAGACCUUCACUGUGGACUGCAGCAAAGCCGGCCUCGCUCCACUGGAGGUGCUGAUCUAUGGGCCCACAGGCGUGGCUGAGCCAGUGAGCAUCACAGACAACGGUGACGGCACACACACGGUCAACUACACCCCCACCAAAGACGGCCCUCACACUGUGUGUGUUAAAUAUGCAGACCAGGAAGUCCCUCGCAGUCCAUUUAAAAUCAAGGCUUUGCCCGCCCAUGAUGCCAGUAAAGUUCGUGCCAGUGGGCCUGGUCUGAAUGCCUCAGGUGUGCCAGCCAGCUUACCUGUAGAGUUCACCAUCGAUGCCCGCGAUGCAGGAGAGGGGCUUCUCACUGUGCAGAUUCUGGACCCGGAUGGCAAGCCGAAGAAGGCCAACAUCCGUGACAACCGAGACGGGACGUACACGGUGUCCUACGUGCCAGACAUGACCGGACGCUACACCAUCACCAUCAAAUAUGGCGGAGACGAGAUCCCGUACUCGCCGUACCGCAUCCAUGCCGUGCCUUCCGGAGAUGCCAGCAAGUGCCUGGUCACAGUUUCCAUUGGAGGACACGGGCUGGGAUCAGGUCUUGGACCCACUAUUCAGAUUGGCGAGGAAACGGUGAUCACCGUAGAUGCCAAGGCUGCUGGGAAGGGCAAGGUCACGUGUAAGGUGUCGACACCUGACGGGGCGGAGCUCGAUGUGGAUGUAGUGGAGAACGCUGAUGGAACGUUUGAUAUCUACUACACGGCGCCGGAACCAGGGAAAUACGUCAUCACCAUCCGCUUCGGAGGAGAGCACAUUCCCAACAGCCCCUUCCAUGUGGUGGCGAGUGAUACCAUUCCCAUUAUAGAGGAGCCCUGUGAUAAAGUUCAGCUACAGCAGCCCUACGCCCCCUACCAGGGCUGCACACCACACUGGGCCACGGAGGAACCAAUCACAGCCAGCAACGGGAUAGAGCCCAUGCUCCGCCCCUUUAACCUAGUCAUUCCCUUCACUGUGCAGAAAGGAGAGAUUACAGGUGAAGUGCGAAUGCCCUCUGGUAAAACUGCCCGUCCCAACAUCACAGACAACAAGGACGGGACAGUCACAGUGAAAUACGCCCCUACUGAGAAAGGCCUACACGAGAUGGACAUCAAAUACGAUGGCAACCACAUACCAGGAAGUCCUCUGCAGUUCUAUGUGGAUGCCAUCAACAGUGGUCAUGUGACUGCCUACGGACCAGGCCUGAGCCAUGGUAUGGUCAACAAGUCGGCCAUCUUUACCAUCGUCACCAAAGAUGCCGGGGAAGGUGGUCUGUCUCUGGCAGUGGAAGGUCCCUCCAAGGCAGAGAUCUCCUGUAAGGAUAACAAAGAUGGCACCUGCACUGUGUCCUACCAGCCCACCGCUCCCGGAGACUACAACAUCAUCGUCAAGUUUGAUGACAAACACAUCCCCGGCAGCCCCUUCACCGCUAAGAUCACAGGUGAUGACUCAUUGAGGACAUCCCAGCUGAACGUCGGCACGGCGACAGACGUGUCUCUGAAGAUUACGGAGACGGACCUUAGCUCCCUGUCCGCCACCAUCCGUGCCCCGUCUGGCAACGAGGAGCCCUGUCUGCUCAAAAGGCUGCCUAAUCGCCACAUCGGCAUCUCCUUCACUCCUAAGGAGGUUGGCGAGCACGUAGUGAGCGUCAUGAAGAAUGGGAAGCACGUGACCAACAGCCCCUUUAAGAUCAUGGUGGGCCAGUCCGAGAUCGGCGACGCCAGCAAGGUCAAGGUGUUUGGGAACGGCCUGAUGGAGGGACACACCUUUGAGGUCGCAGAGUUCAUCCUGGACACCAGGAAUGCAGGUUAUGGAGGCCUGGGCCUGUCCAUCGAGGGUCCGAGUAAAGUGGACAUUAACUGUGAGGACGUGGAGGACGGCACCUGCAAGGUCACAUACUGCCCCACAGAACCCGGGACCUACAUCAUCAACAUCAAGUUUGCAGACCAGCAUAUCCCAGGCAGUCCAUUCACAGUUAAGGUGAUGGGAGAGGGCCGCGUCAAGGAGAGCAUCACCAGGAAGAGACAAGCCCCAACUAUCGCCACUGUGGGCAGCACCUGUGACCUCAACCUGAAAAUCCCAGGUAACUGGUUUCAGAUGGUGACUGCUCAGGAGAGUCUGACACGCACGGUCACGCGCAGCAGCCACACCUACACGCGCACGGAGCGCACGGAGAUCAGCAAGACGCGCGCCGGCGAGACCAAGAGGGAGGUGCGCGUGGAGGAGAGCAGGCAGGUCGGGGGCCACCCCUUCAGGGAGGUGUUCGGUGGCUUCCUGGGCCGAGAGGGCCUCACCACCACCUACAGCGGAGCACAAGCCAGACAACCUGAGGGCGAGUCUGGUACCCAGGAGAUGACUGCCCAGGUGACGAGCCCCAGUGGUCAGACGGAGGAUGCUGAGAUCAUCGAGGGGGAGGACAGCACCUACAGCGUGCGCUUCAUCCCCCAUGAGAUGGGCCCCCACACAGUCAACGUCAAGUACCGCAGCCAGCACGUGCCCGGGAGCCCCUUCCAGUUCACCGUGGGGCCCCUGGGAGAGGGAGGGGCCCACAAGGUCCGGGCCGGGGGCCCUGGGCUCGAUAGGGGUGCAGCUGGAGUCCCAGCUGAGUUCAGCAUCUGGACCCGAGAGGCAGGGGCUGGGGGCCUGUCCAUCGCCGUGGAGGGACCCAGCAAAGCAGAGAUCUCCUUUGAGGACCGGAAGGACGGCUCCUGCGGCGUGUCCUAUGUCGUACAGGAGCCCGGUGACUACGAGGUGUCCAUUAAGUUCAAUGAUGAACACAUCCCCGAUAGUCCUUUCAUUGUUCCCGUAUCAACACUGUCUGACGACGCCCGUCGCCUUACGGUCACCAGUCUGCAAGAUAUGGGGUUGAAGGUGAACCUGGAGGCCUCGUUUGCGGUGCAGUUGAAUGGAGCCUGUGGAGCGAUUGACGCUAAAGUACACACACCCUCUGGAGCCUUGGAGGAGUGCUACGUCACAGAGCUGGACAAUGAUAAGCAUGCGAUUCGCUUUAUUCCCCGGGAGAACGGGGUUCACUCCAUCGACGUUCGGUUCAACGGGAGCCACAUUCCUGGGAGCCCCUUCAAGAUCCGCGUGGGAGAGCCAGGUCAAGCUGGAGAUCCUGGAAUGGUGUCAGCAUUCGGACCGGGCCUAGAGGGUGGAACUACAGGCGUGCCCUCCGAGUUCAUCGUGAACACGUGUAACGCCGGCUCCGGCGCUCUCUCGGUGACCAUCGACGGGCCGUCCAAGGUGAAGAUGGACUGCCAGGAGUGCCCGGAGGGCUACAAGGUCAUCUACACGCCCAUGGCCCCCGGCAGCUACCUCAUCUCCAUCAAGUACGGAGGGCCCCAGCACAUAGUGGGCAGCCCCUUCAAAGCCAAAGUCACAGGUCCACGUCUGUCUGGAGGACACAGUCUCCAUGAGACCUCCUCCGUUCUCGUGGAGACGGUAACUAAGACGUCCGCCAUGUCUGGAGCGUUCAGCUCCCUGCCCAAGUUCUCGUCAGACGCCAGUAAUGUGGUGUCCAGAGGGGCGGGGCUGUCCAAGGCCUUCAUCGGACAGAAGAACACAUUCACUGUGGACUGCAGCAAAGCAGGGACAAACAUGCUGAUGGUGGGUGUGCACGGGCCCAAGACGCCCUGUGAGGAAGUGUACGUCAAACACAUGGGAAACAGGAUGUACAACGUCACCUACACCGUCAAGGAGAAUGGAGACUACAUCCUCAUCGUCAAGUGGGGGGACGAGAUGGUGCCCGGCAGCCCCUUCCAUGUCACCGUGACUUAAAGCAAUCCCCCGGACACCCCCGUUUUGCCUUGUAAUGGACCGAUCCGUGACACUGUCCCCCACCCAUGCCCCAAUCCCUUCUCCUGGUGCCAAACCCUGACUCGAGUUAGACACACUAUGGUAUGCAGGGACUUCACCUGUCCCGAGUUAUACACACUAUGGUAUGCAGGGACUUCAUCACAGUCUGUUUUGAGAACAGAGGGGAGGGUUUUAGCUUUAGCUAUUCCCCCAUUAACACUAAAUAAGAAAACAAAUCCAGUUUGUCCACCUCUUCAUAUUAGAGGUAACAUGGUUAUUACGAUGGCAUCAGCCAGGCAGUUAUCGCAGGCGUCCUCUCACUUUGGAAUGGAUCUGGCCUGGGUCCUGGCCUGUGUCCUGGCCUGGGUUUGGCCUGGGUUUGGCCUGGGUCCUGGCCUGGGUUUGGCCUGGGUCCUGACCUGGGUUUGGCCUGGGUCCUGGCCUGGGUUUGGCCUGGGUUUGCCUGCUUUCAGCCUGCAGUUGGCGUGGGUCAGGCUGACCCAGGUCACAUCCAAGUCCCAGUCAGAGGCUCUUUGAAAUGCAGUAUUCCAUGCCAAUCACUCCUAGAUGUUCCCCUUAUACUUUGUUUGUGCUCUGAAGAAAAGUUGUCUUUUUCCUCUCUCUCUCUCCCCUUCUUCUUCAUCUUCCUCUUCCUCUUGUUCUUCUUUUUCUUCUUUUUCUUCUACUAUUGUGAUAUUUUUCUAUGUUUACUUUUUGGACGCUAGAGAAUGUAACAUGAAGAAUGACAGGUCAGCAGCGUGUUCCGUCUCCGUGGCAACGGAGCGACAGGCCUGUGAGGGUGUGGCUUUCGCUGUCGCCUCCCAAUCAGCUCUCUCUGCCGCCGUGUGCAGACAGGAUCUAAGCUUUAUUUAUUUAGUCUCUUUUUUCUGACAGAAAAGUGUCUUAUUUUGUUUUGAUGGGGAAAGAACACAAUCAUUAACACUGACCCUGGUGGCAACAGACUCUGGCCCUAAUCUGGCCCUGAUCUGGCCCAGAUAUGGCCCAGAUAUGGCAUGGCAGUCAUUGACUCGGUCCAAUCUGGGCCUGAUCAGUACCAGAGCCUGUUCCAAUCAGGGUAGCACACUGGGUGGAACUCUCCCUCGUCUUCUUCAAGCUGUGGAUCAGUAACUGCAGACAAGAGAGACUUCUGUUCCUGUGUGGCGAACCGCCUACUUUGUGAAUGUUUUAAAAACAUAUAUCCAAUGCUAUCCUAUACAGGAGUGUCAUUUUAUAGUGAUUUUAUAUGUAUGUCGAAUGGGAAGGAUAUGAGUCUAAGUGUUUGAUAUAUUAACCUACUGUUGGGUAAGACUGUGCAGAUGUCAUUUUAAGUUUAACUGCUAACUUGCCAUUAAAAAGCUCAAAUAAA